UUCUCCUGCUUGUGCGACUCACUGCCACAUUCUUCAGAAAGCAGGAGAAACCCUUCUCUCUCGGCGCCUCCCUCCUCUCCUAAAUUGUAUAUCAAAUAGUCAUCAUACUAGUCAAUCAUAAUGCCUUCCAUUGACGUCUCCGAUUACGUGCUGGAGGCUCCGAAGAAGGAGAAGAAGAUGAAAAAGUCGAAAAAGGAGCUGGCCGUAACCGACUCUCCGAUUAGUAGUAGCAAGAAGGAGUCAAAGCUUAAGAAGCGGAAGGCUGUUGAUAUGGACGAUGAGGAAGACAGGAGCGAGACCAGCUCCGAGCUCGGCGACCCCGUCAAUCACACCAAGCCCAACGGCGAUUCGGCGGUGGAGAAGAGCAAGAAGAAAUCCAAGAAGGCCAAGGUGGAGGAGGCUGAGGAGGAGGAGAAGGUUGUGGUGAAGGCGGACGAUCCGAAUGCGGUGACCAAGUUUCGGAUUUCGGCUCCGUUGAGGGCUAAGCUGAAGGAGAAGGGGAUUGAAGCCUUGUUUUCCAUUCAGGCCAUGACGUUCGAUACCAUCUUGGACGGGUCGGACCUUGUCGGCCGGGCUCGCACCGGUCAGGGUAAAACUCUGGCGUUUGUGCUGCCGAUAUUGGAGUCGUUAAUAAAUGGCUCUGCUAAGGAAUUUAGAAAGACCGGAUACGGCAGAGCCCCGACUGUUAUUGUGCUCUUACCCACUAGGGAGCUGGCCAAGCAGGUGUUUGCGGACUUCGAGUUUUAUGGUGGGGCUGUGGGGAUAACAGCCUGCUGUGUGUAUGGUGGAUCUCCGUACGCGACUCAGGAAUAUAAGUUGAAGAGAGGGGUUGAUGUCAUUGUGGGAACUCCUGGUCGUAUCAAGGAUCAUAUUGAGAGGGGAAAUAUAGACUUGAGCACUUUGAAGUUUCGGAUACUUGAUGAAGCUGAUGAAAUGCUGAGGAUGGGUUUUGUUGACGAUGUUGAACAAAUUCUAGGCAAGGUCAAAGAUGUUACUAAAGUUCAAACGCUUCUGUUCAGCGCAACCUUGCCCUCUUGGGUGCAAAAUAUUUCCAAAAGGUUUCUUAAAUCAGAUAAGAAAACUGUAGAUCUAGUUGGUAAUGAAAAGAUGAAGGCCAGCAUCAAUGUUAGGCAUAUAGUUCUUCCCUGCUCUAGUUCAGCUAGAGUAGACGUCAUUCCUGACAUCAUUCGAUGUUAUAGCAGUGGAGGCCGCACUAUUAUUUUCACUGAGACAAAGGAUUGUGCAUCUGAGCUUUCUGAGAGGUUGCAGGGAGCAAGACCUUUGCAUGGGGACAUACAGCAAGGUCAGCGGGAGGUCACACUUGCAGGCUUCAGGUCUGGCAAAUUCUCAACAUUAGUAGCCACAAAUGUGGCAGCUCGUGGACUGGAUAUCAAUGAUGUUCAAUUAAUUAUUCAGUGUGAACCUCCACGUGAUGUAGAAGACUAUAUCCAUCGAUCUGGACGCACUGGGAGAGCAGGUAAUAGUGGAGUUGCUGUAAUGCUUUAUGACCCCAGAAAGUCAAACAUAUCUAAGAUCGAAAGAGAAUCUGGGGUGAAAUUUGAGCAUGUGUCUGCUCCUCAGCCAAUUGAUGUUGCCAAAGCUGCAGGUCUUAGUGCAGCAGAAAUGGUUACUAAUGUCUCUGAUAGUGUAAUUCCUGCAUUCAAGAGUGUUGCUGAGGAGCUUCUAAAAACCUCAGGCCUAUCUGCAGUAGAUCUACUGUCAAAGGCUCUUGCUAAGGCUGCGGGCUACACCGAUGUAAAGAAGAGGUCACUUCUGAGUUCUAUGGAGAACCAUGUCACAGUAUUGCUGGAGGCUGGAAAACCCAUUUACACAGCAUCCUUUGCUUAUUCGGCCUUGAGGAGGUUCUUGCCGGAGGAGAAGGUCGAGUCAGUUAAGGGUAUGGCGCUAACAACUGAUGGAAAGGGUGCAGUGUUUGAUGUCGCUGCUGAAGAUUUGGAUAUGUUUCUGAGGGGUGCGGAUAAUGCAGCCGGUAUCAGUAUACAGGUCCUGGACUCUUUGCCGAGUUUACAAGAAAAAGAAGCAAGGGGAGGACGAUUUGGCAAUGGUGGUGGUAGGUUUGGUGGAAGGGGUGGUGGCAGGGGUGGUGGAAGGAAUGAUAGGUUUGGCGGCGGGAGAGGCCGUGGCAGCUACAACAGAUGGUGAACCCACAGCUUUAGUCGCAUCAAGUAACUUGUGCUGAGCAAACUAUAAAGGUCGCAUUGACAAUUGCUUGAAGUGGGCAAUGGUCUAAACUGAUUAUGGGGGGAGCAUGUCUGACAAUGAAGAAAAAUAUUCAGUAGAGGGUCUUGAUUGGCUCACUCAUGCACUAUUAUUUUUUGCGUGAUGCAUAUUCUGUCCACCCUAGUAUAUCUAUUUGGUUGUUACUAGUUUUAUGUUCUUGUUAGGGUUUGUAGUUUUUAUUCGUUAUUACCAAGACUGGGAUUUUUCCUGUUUCCCCCACAUUCUCAUAUGUACGAACACUGUUUGCUGCAGUAAAACUGAAUGAUAUUUAUAUUU